CCAAAUAUGGUGGCCAACUCGGAGAUAUUAUCAAAAGAAAUGAUUAUACCAUCAUCUCCAACACCCUAUCACCUUAGAAACUUCACUCUAUCUUUCCUAGAUCAACUUGCACCACCCAUUCACAUCCCCCUUAUUUUCUUCUACCAACCUAGCCAAUUACAAACUUACAAAGAUCAUGCCCAAAUUUCUCAACUCCUCAAACAAUCAUUAUCCAAUGCUCUGACUAAAUUUUACCCCCUAGGUGGAAGAAUUUGCAGUGACGAUUUUGCAAUUGAUGCUAAUGAUGCUGGUGCUUUGUUUGUUGAAGCUCAAGUUCACUCUAACCUCUUGCAGGUUAUAGAAAAGCCUAGCAUGGAUGAGAUGAAACAGUAUUUGCCCCUUGAGCCUAAUGGUAGUGGCCAUGGCAUCACUGAAGCUAACACUAUCCUUUUAGCUGUUCAAAUCAAUAUCUUUGAUUGUGGAGGCCUAGCUAUUGGCGUGCAAAUGUCGCACAAGAUAGCCGAUGGCACGUCCUUGGUGGCUUUCAUGAAUGCGUGGGCCGCAAACUGCCGAGGAGAUGCUGAAAUUCAUCAAUCUAGUUUGGAUUUGGCUAGUUUAUUUCCACCAAAAGAUGUGCUCAACUCCGGUUUCAAACCAACAGUAGGCAUCACAAAGGAAAAGAUCACGACUAAACGAUUUGUGUUUGACAGGGAAAAGCUGGCGAAACUCAAACAAGCUCUUGCUUCAUCUCCUGGAUCACAAGUGAAGGAUCCUACGCGGGUGGAGGCUGUUUCAGCCUUUUUUUGGAGGCAUUUCAUAGAGGCGACAAGAGCCAAGAUGGAUUCUAAGUCCAAGAAGAUGGUUGCAGCAGUCCAUGCUGUGAACUUGAGACCCAGGAUGAAUCCUGUCCUUCCGGAUCACGCCUUUGGGAACUUGUGGAGGCAUGCCCUAGCAAUUCCAGUAGCUGAGGGAGAGAAAGGGUAUCAGAAUCUAGCUGGUGAUUUGAGGAAUGCAAUAAGGAAUAUCAACAGCAAUUAUGUGAAAACAUUACAAAUUGGAGACGAGUAUCUACAUGCUCUCAAGAAAACUAUGGAAUUAGUCUCGAAGGGAGACAUAGAAUUUUGCAACUUUAGCAGUUGGUGUAGAUUUCCUGUGUACGAGGUGGAUUAUGGUUGGGGCAAGCCUACAUGGGUGUGCACAACCACCUUGCCCUUCAAGAAUGUUGUGAUAUUGAUGAGUACAAGUUGUGGGGAGGGUAUAGAAGCAUGGGUUAACAUGCUUGAAGAAGAUAUGGCUAGUUUUGAGAGUGACCAUAUGCAGCUUGAGGUUCCUGCCUAAGAUCUCAGCUCUU